CGGGGUUUGAAAUCGGUCGGAAGUGUCCACCACGGUGGCGGCGACGAUUCCUCCGAUGGCGGCGACGAGCCAUGGGUUCUCAAAGAACAGCCAGAUCCUGGUCUAUGUCAUGCCGGUUGGCAACAUGUCGCCUCGCAUGUACAUGGAAGGCGUCAAGAUGCUGCAGGCGUCGUCGGAUAUCCCCAUGAGCAGCCUGACCCGACCAGGUGGGUACAGCUCGGAGCUCUCGCCUUUCCGUUCGUUGUCAUGGGAUAGUUCAACAUCGUUUGUGUAUCGCUUCGAGGAUACGACAUCGAACGCAUCAUCGGUCUCGACACCAGUCCCCUGUGAAGACGUGCAUGCGUGGAAUCGCCCGCUCGCUAUCCUUGGGCUGUGUCAUUGUCCAAGCACCGCGAAUCUUCGAGACGCAUACACCGAUUUCAAACGAGUCGCAGCAAACUACCCCAGUGCCAUCCUUCAAAAGGUAUACGCUUUCGAGCAUGCUUUCGGAGACGGAACGCUCGACGACGUGUCUGCGUUGGACGACCUGGUCAUGUUUCCACUGGCAGCGCCGCUCACCGAUGGCCACACCACCGUUAGUUUACACUUGCAAGUCGUCUUGGAUGCCAUGACGGUCACCAUCCUGAUGUCGUUGGAAAGCACCGUCCGCGGCGUUUUGCGGCAACACCAGCAGCAGCAAGCUGCGUCGACAGAUCUGUCUGAAUCUGUAUUUGGUCUCCUGAACACGCACAUCGACCCUCCUUCGUUCACCCUGGCGUCGUCUGUCCCGCCAGCAUUUCUCGGCACAACAACGACCGGGUCGUCGACAACACCUUUGCGCACUGGUUCAGGAAAUUCGACGUUGAUUCCACGGCCAUCAGGCGUGAGCAAUGCUGCGUCGGCCAUGGACUUGAGUGGUGGUGGAACCAGUCUGCAUGGCGCAUCCAGCCGCAAAGUCGGCCGAUCGUCUGCUCGAUAUCGUCAGGAAAAACUGGUUGCCGACUAUGCUCUCCUCGUCGGGUGUGUCGCUGACGCCAUGGAGUUCUACGCCACCGCGAUCGAUGGCCUACGAGACGAGGAGAAGCGAGCGUCAAAUGCAGCACGCGUCCACACCACAAAUGGCGAUGGCUUGUGGCUGGCCGCGGCGUUGGAAGGGUACAUUACGGCGCUGUACUUGACCAUGCAAAGGCAAAAAGGCGGAAAUGGAGUCCAGUUCAACGUGGAAUUGAUCGAGAAGGCAUCUGAAGCGGCGGCAUGGUACGCCAAGGUCGGCUGCGUCGAUCUCGAAGCGAUGCUCGUCGCGUCCAUGGGCUGGUAUUAUGCUGAGCUCGUGGACGAUCCACCACUCCUCAUGCCGAAUCGUCGCCGGUCGGACCGCCCUCAACGCGCAGACGAAGCCGAGUGGAUCCGGCGGUUGUGCAUCGAAUCACACGAUCGAUUGCUGUCAAUUCCGCGACCAGUCGACAACAGAACCGGCCCCACGGUGCCAUCGCAGCUCUUGAUCAAGCAAGUACUCGAGCUCGCGCGACAAAGUCGACGGAUCGGAUACACGCGCAAGGAACUCUUGUACGCUUUACACGCCAGUGCACUGCUGUGCCAGAGUGGCAGCCGACCAGCGUCUGCUUCGCUUCUUGCGGCACCGUCCGGUCCACGUGAAAUGACGUUGCUCGCCGCAUACGCCCUGCUUCAACAAGUGCUUCAUGGCCUGACCACGACCCAAACUGGCCACACCACGCGAAAUCCCGACGUCGAACGGUCUGGCGGGUGGAGACGAUUGCGCUUUUACGUGCUGCGGCAGCUGAUUGUCGUCGCGAGGAAGCUGCGUCGGCCAGAGGCUGUCGCGAGGCAUGCGCUGGAUCUGCUAAAUCUCUUAGCUCACAGUCCCAUCGCCAUCGAAUCUGCCGACGCCAUCGGCGGCAGCAUUUUGUGGAACGACCAUGUUUUCACGACCAUCCACGAUCCAGUCGACGUGGCGGGGCUCAAGAGUCGCGGGCAACUACAUGCUGCGCCCACCGUGUACGCAGCGCCCCCGGUCAGCAUGGAGAAGGAGAUGAAAAAAGCUGCCGCGAUGUUAUUCCAGCAUCACACGUCCACCAUGUCGCUGCUGUCGUCGAGUUACUUUAAGAACUUGCCCCUGCUCGCGUCCUCGAAUCAUGGGACGAUGCCGUCGGCAGCAUCAGGAAGCACGACUCCCCGCCUCGUCCUGUCCACGCCUCGGCAGUUGAUGUCGGCUGUGAUGUCCGGAACGCCGUCGGCAAGCUCGACCUCGUCCUUCUUUGACGCUUCUGACGAUGCUAUGGACGGCGCCGAUCCACCGGCGCCAUCGCCUUCCACCGCCGCGCGCCGUUUGUCGACCGACAACGGUUCCGUUGCCACGUCGUCAUCGGCGAUUCGGCGCCAUGAUUCAGUCAAUUUGCACGCACGGAACCACAUCACGCAAUGGCAACAUGCCUGUUGGCGCUUGCUCCAUGACGAGUCGGCCGCAUCACGUCCGUCAGCGUCUGGAGUCGCGUCCACUUGGACGAUUCAACUGCCCCUGGCCAAGAACAAUGGUGUCUUGCACAUCCACCGGUUUGGGUUGUCGACACAGACAACGUCCCGCCUUCGACGGCUGGACCACGUGACUGAAAUCGUGCAGCGCAGCGGCGUCGCCGCGUCGUUGCCACCGCGCUCGACGUUCAUUUACAACCCGUUUCAAGCAAAAGAUGCCAAACCGAGCGCGUCCCCCGACAACACGCCGUGCCCUCUCCAUGAUUCGAUUCAACUGGACCUUGUGGUGGACAAUCAAUUGGAGAUCAGCGUCUUCGUGCCGCACGUCACGGCUUGGAUUCAAAGCGACGCUGGCGACCACUCGAACGCGCAGUGCGUCCCUGCCGCGCUCCAGCUCGCGCCGCGCCAGCGGCGCGCCGUCGUGCAAAUCACGGUCCGGCCCACUCAAGUGGGCCGACUCGUCGUCGUCGGAUGCGUCCUGCGCCUCAAGCACCAGACACUGCGAUAUGCCCUGGAACGCCCCGUCGUGUUGGAGAUCGUGCCGCCGCUGCCCACAAUCGACUUUGGUCCGUCGCCAGCGCCGUGGUCCAUGUUUGAGAACGAGCAAAAGCAGUUUUCGGUGCACGCAACCAAUUCCACGGGCCUCGACGCGACGCACGUGUUUAUCGACAUGACUGUCGUCGUCCAGUCGUCGACGAAAUGCGCCGCCACGGGCUGCAUCGCUCUCGCAAACUCCCUCCAACUCGACGACGAUGCGCCACGACCUUCGUCGCACAAAGUGUCCGUCGCAGGCGCUGAUGUCGCGAUCGUGCUGUCGCCGGCUUGGACUCACCGCGAUCGAGGCAUCGCCGCGCGGUCGUCCGUGUCGAUGGACGUAAGUCUGUCCUGUCGACGUCCAUGCACGAUCGAGAUGCAGCUUCGUGCUGUCUACUGCCACGCAUCCACGCACAAGAAACUCUAUCGCGAGUCCACGACGACGCUCUCGAUCACGUGCGAGCCCGCUGUGUGCAUCUCGUCCGUUGUCGCUCUUCCUGCUUCACAGGACGGUCGAGCGAUGGUCGUGGCAGACUUGUGGAAUCCAUCGACCACCACACGCUUUCACGUGUCGGGCGACGACAACGUGGUCGACGUGUCUCCGCAAUGCGUUCGGCGAGCGCUCCUUCCUGCUGCCGCGUUGCAUGCGCCGUUGACAUGGACGACGUCGGCGUCCAGCGGCAAGGUCGCGCUGGUCAGUGCAUCGUCCAGUCCUGCCAAGGUCGUGCCAUGGAGCGUCCAUGUGGCUCUAGAAGGGCAUCCAUGCGACUUUAUGUUGGCGACGCUGCCACUGCAUUCGUUUGAACGAGUGGUCGUGACGCUGACGUCCACCGAUCAUAUCGCGGUGCUUCCACUGUUAGAGAUCGAGAUCCAGCUCUUCGAGCAAGCACCCAACAUCACCAGGGCGUUGGAACGUACCGACAAAUUGAUCGUAGCGGGUCAACUGGAAUUCAAGCCGCACGCGGCAGUGAAGCACCAUGCCGUGCACGUCAUGGCGAUGGCAAGUGGAGUGUUUCAAGUCCGGUGCGUGGGCAGGUGGAAGCGAGCAGACGACUCGUGGGAGCACGUCGAGUCGCCGACGUUAAUGUUACAAACCGUUUAGUCGAUUCGAACGGCGAAUUCCGAUCGAGGCCACAACUAAUCCAACGAGGAGUGUGGCAGGGACGGCGA